CUGAUGGAUAGAGGAGGGAGGAGUGAAUUAACUCCUCAGUCUGCUCUGACGGAGCUGAAGUACAGAAAUCACACUCCCAGGUGCAUGUGACAGCACUGCAGCUAUGAGUGGAAUUUUAAAGGGGAAGUUGGAAGAAAUUGACGGCUCCUCACCCAGCUCCUCUGUGCGGGAAUCAGAUGAUGAAGUUUUUAGCUGUGACAGUGCUGACAGUGUUGAUAGUGUCAAUCCAUCCCUUUCUUCUAAUCACUUUACCCAAAAAGCUAAGGAGAUAUCAACAGACUGAAAACAUGUUUUCUGAGGCAUAAGGUCUUCAGGAAGACACUGGUGUUCGUGAGAUUUGAAGGUGCAUGUGACAGCGCUGCAGCUAUGAGUGGAAUUUUAAAGAGGAAGUUUGAAGAAGUUGACGGCUCCUCACCCUGCUCCUCUGUGCGGGAAUCAGAUGAUGAAGUUUCCAGCAGUGAAAGUGCUGACAGUGGGGACAGUGUCAAUCCUUCCACUUCUAAUCACUUUACCCCUUCCUCCAUCCUCAAAAGGGAAAAGCGGCUGAGGACUAAAAAUGUGCAUUUUAGUUGUGUCACCGUGUACUACUUCACCAGGAGACAAGGCUUCACGAGCGUGCCCAGCCAGGGGGGCAGCACCCUGGGCAUGUCCAGCCGCCACAACAGCGUGCGCCAGUACACUCUUGGUGAAUUUGCAAGGGAGCAGGAGAGGCUCCACCGGGAGAUGUUGAGAGAACACCUCAGGGAGGAAAAACUGAACUCUUUGAAACUAAAGAUGACUAAGAAUGGCACAGUGGAAUCUGAGGAAGCUAGCACUCUUACAGUGGAUGACAUUUCAGAUGAUGAUAUUGAUUUAGAUAACACAGAGGUAGACGAGUACUUCUUCCUACAACCCCUGCCAACAAAAAAACGGAGAGCACUGCUGCGAGCCUCUGGAGUGAAAAAGAUUGAUGUGGAAGAAAAGCACGAGCUGCGAGCCAUCCGCCUGUCGCGGGAGGACUGUGGCUGUGACUGCAGAGUGUUCUGUGAUCCAGAAACAUGUACCUGCAGCCUCGCAGGCAUCAAGUGUCAGGUGGAUCGGAUGUCUUUCCCAUGUGGCUGCACUAAAGAAGGAUGUAGUAACACAGCAGGUAGAAUUGAAUUUAAUCCUAUCCGUGUCCGGACUCACUUUUUGCACACAAUAAUGAAACUUGAGCUGGAGAAAAACCGUGAGCAGCAAAUCCCCACGCUGAAUGGCUGCCACGGUGAGAUAACUGCUCACAGCAGCUCCAUGGGCCCCGUCUCUCACUCCGUAGAAUAUUCUAUCGCUGACAAUUUUGAGAUUGAAGCUGAACCCCAGGCUGCAGUGCUGCACCUGCAGUCUGCUGAAGAAUUAGAUUGCCAAGGAGAGGAAGAAGAGGAGGAGGAGGAUGGGAGCAGCUUCUGCAGCGGGGUCACCGAUUCCAGCACGCAGAGCUUGGCACCUAGUGAAUCCGACGAGGAGGAGGAUGAGGAAGAGGAGGAGGACGAGGACGAGGACGAGGACGAUGAGAAAGGGGACAGCUUUGUGGAAGGACUGGGCACCCAUGCCGAAGUUGUCCCACUUCCUUCGGUCCUUUGUUAUUCUGAUGGCACUGCCAUUCACGAAAGCCACACAAAAAAUGCUUCUUUUUAUGCCAACUCUUCAACUCUGUAUUACCAAAUAGAUAGCCACAUUCCAGGAACCCCUAACCAGAUCUCUGAGAACUAUUCUGAAAGAGAUACUGUCAAAAACGGUACCCUUUCGCUGGUGCCUUACACCAUGACCCCGGAGCAAUUCGUUGACUAUGCCCGGCAAGCGGAGGAGGCCUACGGCGCCUCCCACUACCCAGCUGCCAACCCCUCCGUAAUCGUUUGCUGCUCCUCUUCAGAAAGCGACAGCGGUGGGCCCUGCAAUAGCUUAUAUCCCGAACACAGGUCCAGUCAUCCUCAAAUGGAAUUUCACUCAUACUUGAAAGGCCCCUCCCAGGAAGGGUUUGUCUCCACAUUGAAUGGUGACAGUCACAUUUCAGAGCAUCCUGCUGAAAAUUCUUUGAGCCUUGCAGAAAAGAACAGAUUGCACGAAGAGUGCAUCAAAUCACCCGUGGUUGAAACCGUUCCUGUUUAGUGGCUUAAGUUAUUCUGGGACCAACUUCCCCUUAUUUAAAGCACUGUAUUUAAUUGGAUUUCCUGGGCUCAUCUUUGUUUAAACUGUGGACCAAGAAAAUUUUGACUGUGAUUAAUGUUCCAGACCAUAUUUUGUUUUCUCCUUUCUAGCUACAUGACUGUGGCAUUGCACAAAUACAGUCUAUAUGCGGAUUUUAAAAAGAUUUCAGACUGUUUUGAUAGAAAAAUACUAAUUUUAAAAAAUGCGUAUCUCACAGUUGCCUACCUGUCAAACUGUGUGAAACCUGCCAAGCUGUGUAGAUCAGAGCUUCAAGUUUUGGAUUAUCGGGCCUGUGCAAGAUUGUUAGCUAAGACUGGGAAAUAAGAUUUAGAGUCCUACUUUUCGAUAUAUCUGAAGAUCAUGGUGACUUUUUAAUGUAAAAGUAAUUAUUGUAAGAAAAAAGAUUUAACUGUUCCAUGUGUAUUUUAUUUAUGGUAGUUUAGAAGCCAUGUAUUGAUGAAAAUGAACAGCAGCAUGUUCAUUGAAGCUGAAGAUGCGUAGUUAGUAUCACAGAGCAUGCCCACAUGGAUUGCAUCUGGAAUCCAUUCACAUUUUUAUGAUCAUGACUGAUCCGAUUUGCAAAGACUUUCUUAAGGGUGAAAUAGGCCUAUUUUUGCUAUUUGGGACAAAUGAGUCUAUAUGUGCAGGUCCUUACACAGUUUUCUCUAGAGUUAGGUGUUAGGACAAUCCUCCCAUGAGGGUCUAGUUCACAGCCCUCCCUCAGUUGACUCCAGAAAUGGAGGUAGAAGAAAUUGCCUUUCUUUAUUAAGCAGCAGCAUCUUGGUUCUUUGCUUGGACAGCACCUUUAAACUCUACCCCCUAUAUCAAAAUGCACUUUAGUGCCCCUUCACAGUACUUCUUGAGGGGUGGGGACUGAGAACUCUUUCAGAUGAAAAUCAGAAAUUGAAAGGAAGAAAAAAAAAAAAAACAGAUCUGUAACUCUCAUAAGGGUCAUAUGAUCAAUAUAGAGGAAUCAUCCAGUGAUACUUUUUGAAGGAAAAAUGAUGUAUUUUCCUUUGCCACCCUGAAGACCUAACUUGGUAAAAAGCAAAGGAGGUUGAGGAAACAUGGAAGAAAUCCAACCUCAGCAACCAGCCUUUUCUACAGUGUGAUCAAUGCAUCUCUACAAAAUGAGUAUAUAAUGCAAUUUCCAUUUAGUGACUAGCCAAUUGAAGGGGGGCCUCUACCCAAGUACUCAACUAGGCCUUACUUUUCUGAAACAUUUUGAUUUCUCUUGUCUGGGACAAUUAGCAGAACAGUCCAAAAUGCAUUGAAUAUUUUCUGAUUACCUCAUGUUCUCUUAUUAAAGGGGACAGAUAGAAACAAAACAUGCACUCCCCACCUUUAGAUUACCUGCAUUUGGUUCAUCGGAGGACUCCUAGGAUCCUGUUUUUCUGUAAAUUGAUUUAGGCAACUAAAUAGUGUGCGCUACCUUUUUUUUUUCUUGCAAUGCAAUAGGAUUAUGCUAAAUCUGUUUCUCAUUUUUGACCUAUGUUAUACCAUAUGUUUUAUGACUAUUUGAAAUGUGGACAUACCUUGCUAUUUGGUGACUGCAUUGCUAGUUAUUUUUCAUGUCUUUUAGAUUUGAGUAUUUAGAAAUAUGGAUAUAAACAUACUGUGGCUCUUAAUUCCUUUUUUUUUUUUUUUAAAAAAAAAAAAACCUCUCUUUUAUUUCAUUGAACUUAAAAAUGCUUGAUCUAGAGAAAGUCCUCCAAUGGAAAAAGUUCUACUAUAACUUGAUUUGGGGAAAACAGGUUUACUGGGCAGCUCUUCCACUGUGAAGGUCCCAGCCCCUUCUCUAGCCCACCACUUAUGUAGGGAGCAGCCAUGAGGGCAGAGACUCUUCCUUUUGAAUGAACAGCUGUUUGGGCUAAUAAUCAACUUGGAGUUUUGCUCAAAUCUCUAUAGUGUAUGCUGUCUCAUCUACAAAGUUACAGUUUUCAGUGCUUGGUCUCCAAUUUCUUUCCCCUAUGGACACAAUCUAAAGAGCGCAGGCCCAAAGAGAAAAUAGCAUGAGGCUAUUGCUCCUUCAUUCAAACGCUUGAAAGAAUUAUGUGUACCAUAUUUGCUAGACCCUUACAAGGCUUUGAAGAGUUGACAUGUGAGGCACUCUGAGGUUAUUCUUGGAAAACAGAGUAGGGGGGAGUUGGGAAGAGACAGCCCUGGCGGAGCAGAGUUGAAGGGUAGAAUGAGAAUCUGAUUUCUGAAAGAAUAGAUAUUUGAUUUAGUUCAACUUUAUUUUCACAAGAAGAUUUGAAGCCAACUUAUUUAUAUUUGGCUGGGUCUCUGUUUUGUAGCUUUGUUUCCCAAAGGACCCUUCACCUAGAAAUAGGCAAAUAAUAAACCAGAACUUCUUUCCCUAUUUUGUCCAAGUUUGGGGUAGAAAGUUAUCCUAUUUAGAAGAAUUAACCUUCCAACCAUGAAAUUUGAAGAAUUAACCUUCAAAUUUUCAUAUACAUAAACUUACCCCUAAACAUUUCCCACAAAUUAUAUACACAGGCUACCUAUUAAAACACCCCAUAUACUUCACCCAUACGCACACUCACACACACACAUAAAAUAAUGCAUACCACAAACAAGAAUGACAGAUUUAGGUAAUGGCAGUAAUGGGUAUUGAAUUUUUCCUACCCUAGAAUUCAGUUGGAUUUUUAUGGCCUAAAAAUGUAGUCUAAGAAAGAUGAUACUUUUUUUUAAAGCUAUAGUUUUAAAAUAUUGAGUCUAAGUUGCAAAUAACACUAACAGUGGAAUUGUUUCAUUUUUAUUUCCUUUCCAGAAAACCUGAGAGAGCACAGUGUUCCGUCUUUUUUUUCCAUUAAUAGCCCUUCUAUUUAACAAAAACUGCCCACAUGCCAGGAAAGCGCUACAGUUAUUCUGAGCUUUUGAAAAUGGGGAUGCAGCCAGUCAGAAUAUUUAAAAUCUUUAUAUCAAGGUACAAUAACCUGACGAGCAGCUGUUGUAUCGCCCCCAUAGUAUAUACCUAACAAAAUUAUAGUCUUUAUAAACAUACAGCUUUUCAGUCAUUCACUGCCAAAUGCAAAGCUUCGUGCUCUAAUCCCUGUUGUUUUUUAGCACGAGCCCUAUACCUUUUAAUGGGGCUUAAUUCUCAGUUAUAAUCCAGGCCAAACUGAUUUGCAAGUCAAGUGCCUGGAGCAGCUUGCAUCUCCUUUGUCAUCCUUGGUUUCCUUUGGGAGAAAGAAGUCAGUGAAAGAGAUUUACUUCAGUUUUUCCCCACCCCCAUCUCUUGAUCAUUGAUUAUUAAGACAUAACUAAAAUCAAUUUCAUUAAUGUCUUUUAGUUAUUUCAAUGAUAUACUUUUUGACAGCCAGACUUCGCUUUGUGGUGAAACUAUAUUUUUUCCAAGUGUUCCAAUCACACAUGUGAAAUUAGUAUUUCUUAAAGUGAUAGAAUCUUUACAAUCAUAUAUCGCGCCCCCCCCAAAAAAAAAACAAAAAACAAAAAAAUGCUGUAAGUAUUACGAGAAAACUGGCCACAAAUUAAUCAAGAGGCAAAGAGAUUAUGUUAAGUGAUUAUGUUCUUUAAAUUUUUACACUCAGUAACAGAUGACUGUUAGGCAAAAUUUUGGUUUGGAUAUUAAACAGGAAAAUAUAGCAUGAUUUAUGUCCUUUAUAUUGGUAUAUAUCAUUGAUUCUUUUGAUUUAUAUUUCUGAUAUUACUGAAUAAGUUUAAAAACCUUUGGUCUUUGUAUUCAGAAUGUAUUAAGUAUCAAUUCCUUCUUUCAAUGAGUAUUUAUUGAAUGUCUGCUAUGUUAGAGGAACUUAGGUGAUAAAAAGAGAGGGACAAAAUCUCCUACAUAUUCUGAGGGAUGAUGAUGAUGAUGAAAGUGGCAUAAAGUAAUAAAUCAAGCCUCAUUAAAAUCAUUUUAAUAUGUGAUUUUAUAAAGUGAUAGAAAAAUUGGCAACAAUUCUUGUCUAAUUAAAUGCAAACUGCAACUAAAAGUAUGCUUCUUUUUCCCAAAUUAAUGGAACUCACUGGAUUCUCCUUCCUCUCCUCCUAUCUGAAAUUUAUGAAUUAAAUCUGGACUCAGCUGGAAAGACUGGGUCAAAUGAAAAAGAGAUUUUCACAUAAUUGCUUCUUCAGUAGUAGACCUAUAUAAGUGAUGCUAAAGUUAUUCCAGCAAACUAGAGACAAGUUUGACUCAUGCACAACCGAGGAAACAUUUCAGAAAACUUUUGGAACAACAAUGUGGAACACAAUCACUCUUACUUCUUUUUAUAAACAGUCUAUCAAAACAGUGAAGCCCUUGUUUCAAAUUCCAAAGGCAUAGGCUUGCAGCAGGUAGAAAACAGAGAAGUCAUUCUACACCCACACAUUUAGCUGUGGUUACAAACCAUCAAAUUAGCAAUGAAAAACUGACAUCCUUAGAGAUUAACAGGAGACUGCUUUUUAAAAAGGGGCCAAGAAGCUUUCCAUUUCUUCAAAUAUAACUUAAUUUUUGUCUUUAAAAUGGUGCCUGCUCCUUAUUCUCUCUCACAGAACCUGCAGACCUGGUUUUCCUUGUCAUUGUAAUAGUCAGUAAAUAAAAUCCUAACCUUGAAUGCAAUACUGGACUGUAAAUUGAAAUUGGGGCAGUUGACUCCUUACAACAACCAACACCAAAAGUUUAAAGCCUGGAUCACUAUCGGCUCUGAUAUAAAUUUGCAACUUCUGAUUGCAUUGCUUUUUCUGAGAUCUGCUGCUUGUGCUGGAGCAACUUAAAUGUCUAAGAUAAAAUGCCAGAGAUUUUUACACAAACAGCACAGCUCAUCAGAUGUUUUCUGUAGCAUUAAAGAAUUGAAUUGGUUUCCUGUAACCGAAUACCAGCAAUUUGAAAAUUCAGUGGGAUUAUGGAAGUGACAGAGUAAGGGUAACAAUGGAAUAUAGGCUGAAUAAAUAGGGUCUCCUAGGAAGGGAGUUCAGGAGAGCUGGGCUAGGUCUUGUUAAACUAGAACAACUAGCAUCACAAACAAAACCUAAAAAGGGCAGUUAUGGUGUGGACAAUCACAGCACAAUUGGUGCUCACAUCUGCUGCCCAGUAUCCACAUCAAUUACAUUUUUACUAUCUAUAAAUCAUUUGAUGCUUUAAAAAAUAAAAAUGCAGCUCUACAACAUACUAAGGAAAUGAUCUUAAGGAAACCUUAAACAUUUCAUAUUAAAAUGACUGAUAGAUGACUAAUAUAAUUGUUCAAAGUAAGGAAAUAAAGGAGCGUUUCUUUAAAAUAUGACCUGCCAAAUCUGAAAUUCAAUAGGACUCUUCAAAGCAGUAACUUCCUAAGUUUUACUUUAACAAUUCUCAUGGCUUUUCAGGCUAGUUUUGUGGAGUGCUCAUUAGACCCUGAGGCCUCCCUUCCUAGCCAUUUCAGGUGUAUUGUUUUGUUUUGUUCUUACUUAUCAGGAAUUCAAACUCAAAAGCUUGAUGUGACCUGGGUUUUACUAACUUGGUGCUGCCUGGAUGGUAAAUGACAUGUCGUUGGUUUCAUUUCCUGAGAGCAGUGAUUCAGACAGAACAAUGGGGAGCAGGACGUGCAUGCAACCAGACUCAAAGCUUAAACCAACAUGUCUUUUCAUUUUCUUUCUUAUAUGCAGGGUUUUAUAAUCUUACUAAUAUAUAGCCUGGACUUCUAGUAAAUACCUUGGGAAAUUAAGUAAUUUAAAAGUCUUAAGUCACUUUGGUGACUAUGUUUUCUACUUGUGAUACAUGUAUCCACAUAUAGUGUAAUUUGAGUGACAUUUGUGAGGGCAUUUAAAUAUUUUAAGAUAAUAAAUGGUGAUUAGAAAGAGCUAAGAGAAGACAAUUUAUAGUAGAAAUUAGCCUCACCUUUGUCUGAGUUAAUUUAUGUGAAGUUACUGAAUGGUUUUAGUUGAAUUUUUGGAAUAACUUCCUUAUUUAAGUAUCCCUUUCCUUUUUUUUUUUCCCUCCCAAUUUUUUUCUGUCUGGCUUAGGGUUAUCUUGAAAGUUAGUUAUUAACGAACAUUUGGAAGGAAAUUGAUAUAGAAAAUGUCUCUUUAAAAAAUAUCUAGGACACGCUAGAUAAUUUAUCAAAUCCUGCUGCCUCACUGGGUAAGACCACAACCCCUUUCUCAGAGACAAGGCCUCCUAAUAUUGUUUUGCCGCUGACUCACAAAGAACAUAUAAGAAAUGAGUUUGAAGUUUCUAAUUUUGUAGCACAUUUUGUCAAACUUUAUUUGGCUUCUCUUUUUCAUGCCAGUCACCAAUCUGUUGCCGUAGGCAUUAAGAAGGCCACCCAUCUUCAAAAACAAACAAAUUCAAAGAUCUAUAUGCCAUUUUGCAAUUUUGUUUAAAUACGAAACAGAAGGAAUAAAAUAAAAUCCAAAUCUGAAUUCUCCUAAAGAGGAAAAACCUAAGUCUUUAAGCCAAGGAAAUAGAUUGCCUGUUUUUGUUUUUUGUUGUUUUGUUUUGUUUUGUUUUGUUUUUAAUAUAGCGUUGCUCCUUAUGUGAUUUAAUAGUACUCAAAUGAUAUCUGAACUUUGUCAUUGACAGUCUUUCCCUUUGUACUACAAUUAAAUAGGGUCUACUGUCAAAGAUUAUUGUCUCAAUCUUGAUUCAUUAGACCCUCCUCAUGCCAAAAGGGUGUCUCAGAAUGUUUCAAUCUUUUCAGAGAUACUCAUAAUGACCAACUAUGUGUGAAUGAUGGAAACUUGGAGAUUCUUCUGUAUUCUUCAAAUUUUAUAGUCCUGAAACUAGAAGAGAUCUCCAGAGGUCAUCUGGCUCAUCCAUCUACCUCCAGGGAGAGCUGUCACUCAGGCAUGCCCAAGAGGUUUAGAGACCUAUCUAUUCUUAACAUCUCUAGGGAAGGUGGUUUCCUUGGCAACCCAAUCCAGUUCUCUUAGGUUUUUUCUCACAAGAAGAAAAUAUCUUCCCCAUCUUUGUGGGCUAGGAACCUGGCAACAUUUCUGGUGAUUUGGGCCAUUGUACUAGGAGACUCAAGGGAAGCUAAGUUUCCCCCUACAUUUGAUGAUUAUUACAUUUGAUCACUCCAUGAGCCUCCCAAGAAAUCAGAUCUUUUAAUAAAGAUGUGGGUAUUGAUACAAUGCUCAGUACCUGCUUUCAACAAAUAUGGUUGUGGUUCUUUUUUAUUUUUACUUUUUUUUCUUUCUCACGCCUGUUGUUUUGAAUGAAGGUAAUAUCAGGAAAAACAACUAUUUCAGAUCCCCAGUGACAAGUAUAACAUCAGAACUGGGAUCAAGUGACUCGACAUUCAAACUGUUCAAUUCUCUGAGAAGUUACAAUGACAACCUUCUUGCUUCUAAAUAAGUACCUUCUCAUUAAUCUUUCUUUUGCCUAAAAUGACAAAUAAAAAUCUAAAGAUUUUUCUACUCCUUCUGGGGAAGAUGUGACUAGUUGUGGAGAGUCUGACUUGGAAUAAAAAUGACUCCAGAGAAUUAUUCAGCCACCGUUUGAUCCCAGCCUUUGUCCCGAUGUUAGUUAAACAAUGGCUGCUUGCCUUCUCAGGGAUCAGAAAAAUGAUUUGAAAAUUUGUCAUCUUGACAAGGCCUGAAAACAAAGGGAGGAGUUCUGGAGGGUGGUGAUUUUUUUCUGAUUAUGUCACUAGACGCAGUCCCCUCCCACCCCCGCCCCCUGCGGUUUCAGAACCUUUUCCAGUCACUCAGAGUUGACUCCAACCCAGAGUCAGAAUUAACCAGAAGAUGAGGAAACCCCCAAAAUCAACAUUUCCUUUCUCCGUGGUAUUUUUUUCAAUCUGGGUGCAGCUACUUAUCCUCCCAACUCAAAUGCUCUUGUGAAAAAAACAGCCACAUAAAUGUGGUUGCCCCCACAAAUAACAUUAGGGGAAAAUGACCCUUCUAGCUUUAAAAAAAAUGCUAUAGAAUGUCAUGUAAAGAAUGUUGAAUAAUUUGGCCCAUGUUUUGAUUGACUCUAGACACUUCUACAGAAAUAAGUCUGAGGUGUAGUUUGUGAAACAUGUUUCAAAAGUGGUUUAUGUAAAAUAAAUUCUAGACAUUUACAAUGCAGAAAUAGUGAAAAAAAGAUUUUUUUAAAUCUGUAGAUUACAACUCUGUUCCUAAGAACCUCAGCCUUUAUUGUGUCUUAGUAAAGUUGAUCUGCUUUUUCUUUUUUCUUUUUUUUUUUCCAGUUUAUUGCAUUUCUGGUGUAAUAGCCUCUUAAGAUAGAACUAUUAAUACAUAUGUACUGGUUAAUGCCUGUUAAUGCAGAAAAUGGCACUUUGUUAUUUCAGUGUGUUUCUCUCAGUGUCACAGGGUAUAUCGAUUUGAUAGGAAAAGGUCAUUUGACAUUGGUCAAAACUGCAUAUCUCCCAUUUAAAAUAUAUAUGUAUAAUUCAUUGCUUAGACAAUGUCACGUAUCCUCAUGAUAGUUUUAGAUGUCAACAGAGUCUCCACUUUCCAGCUGCUGUAGAAAUUUGUUACAUUUGCAAAUUCUGAGGAAAUCUAAUGAGCUGAAUGUAAUGGUAGCUCCAAUGAUCCAAAGGACUUGUAGGUUAUCCUUCAGUCUAUUUUGAACCAUUUGGACAUUGGGAAUGGUCUUUAUACAAAAGAAGUGUUCUAAGAGUUGUUUUUGUUUUUGCUGGCAAAAGAAAAAAGAGUAACUUAAAAACUCAGAAAACGCUUUGUACUCUAACAUUGUUUGACUUUAGGAUUGGUUUUGUCAUUCAGUUGACAUUUAUUAUUUUACUCGAUUUUGACAGUACUUAAAUAGAUAUUUUAUUACUGUUAAGUCUAAUCUAAUCACUUACAAAGGGUGAAAGGGAAGAAAUUUAAACUAUUUAACUACAAUCCAUACAUACAGUCAUUUUACACUAAGACGUCAUAUUGUAUGUCAUGCAGUUUCUAGACUAAUUUUCUCUUGUGUAUAAGUUGUAACAUCAAAGAUGCCAAAGGGUAUAUAAAAUAAGCUACAAUAAUAUUGAACAGAAUUUAACCUGGAUCUUCUGUUGUAAUAAUUUAUUCAUAUUAGCUGUGUGUUUUCUGUAUUUAUAUUUUCAGUAUUUAUUAUGAAUGACAUGGAAAUUCGUGUAUUUAUUGUGGCUUUUUAUUGCAAUGUGUAUAUAUAUAUUACAAAUAAGCAUUUUUAAGUCUUAUCCUUAAGUUUCUUUUGUUAGUGGCACUUGUAUUAUGCUGUAAUUUUUAUUAUAUAUUGUACAAUAUCUUGUCCAUUUGUUUGCAGCAGAGUAAAACCGGUUUCU